AUGUCCACCACCAAAAAAGGCAUUUGCUAUCGAAUUGGAGAUUCAUCAUCCUCCCACAUUUUGCCGAUAAAUCAAAUCAUCUACUCCCCUACUCAACGUGAAUUGUUUACUGCGGGAAGGGAUGGGUCGGUAAAAGUGUGGGAGAAUGGUGACGGUGGUCUGUUUAGAAGCAAUGAAGAUCAAACCCGAAAUGAAAGGGAGCAGUGUUUGAAAUUGGAACAAGCGAUUUCAGGCCGAAAGGUCCAAUACGUUUUUCCAGUGGAUGCUAUUCACUUGAAAGGUUCAGUUCAAAUUCACAAUGAUUGGGUUAAUGAUAUCGAAUUGAUUGAGACUGAAAACACUAUAAUAACUUGCAGCUCUGAUUUAAGCUGCAAAUUGUUGAACACUAAGCUCCAAGAAACAACAACUCUCCCGCCCAUCCAUACAGAUUAUGUUAAAAGGGUGGUAGCUACUCAAGAUGGAUUUGUUUCAGGUGGUUUGGAUAAGAAAAUCAUCAAUUGGGACCUUCAAAAGUUGCGCGCUGUGCUGGUAAUGGAUAAUGAAUGUGGAAUAUAUUCAUUAUCUAGCGAAUCAAGAACAGUCGCAACUGGGGGGCAGAGCCUGGUUGUUAAUUUGUAUGAUGUUCGAUCCACAACGAAAAUAAGAUCACUUAUUGGACAUCAAGGAAUGGUGCGCUGUCUCCUCCAAGAUGGCCAUUUCAUCUUGUCAGGAGGCAGCGAUACCACAAUAAAGCUUUGGGAUUUGCGCACGUUCAAAGUGUAUAAAAAUUUUGACAUUCAUGAUUUUCCAGUGUGGGCCAUGCUGGGAGAUGCUAAAUGCUUUUACUCAGGAGAUCGGGGUGGUAAUAUUGUCAAGACCGAUUUGUCAAAUUUGUUUGUUAAUAAAACUGAUAGGUAUUUCGAAAAUACAUUUACAACAAAUGAAUGCACCUCUAUUGAUGAACAAUUGGGGAUUUCAACAAUAAUUGCCAAGAAUGAGUCGCCAAUUUUAUCAAUUUGUCAUAAUGAGGAUUCAAUUUUUAUUUCAGAUUAUGAUUCAUUAAGUAGAUAUGUUAACCCAGAUACUUCAACGCUUGCCCAAUAUCAGUUCUUGAAAACGUGCCUUGAUUAUUCACCCAGUGAUGAUUUACUGGAUGAAGCACAACCAAAUGAUGAUUUGAAUUCAAUGUUUUAUGAUUUGGUGAGUCAUUUAUCGGUUGAUACAGCAAAUAAUGAGUUGCAGAGUAAUUACUCCGUUGAGCAAGAAGAGCCAACUGAAUCAUAUAAUUCUAUGUUUCUCAAUGUCAAUGGAGGACCAUCGACUGAAUUUGUCAACGCAUAUCAACUGGAUCUUACUGUAUCGGACGAGUUUGUUGACACCACACCAAUUGAGAUUUUGCUCAAUCCGACUGAUCAAAUCACGCCAAUUCCAUUCAAUUUAAAGCCUAUUGCAAGGUAUGAGAUUGUUCCGCAUAGUGUUGUUUCAAAAAGGAUACUUAAUAAUAAACGACAAAUAAUGGCAUUGUAUUUGAAUGGUGAUAUUCGCAUGUGGGAUAUUUUAAUUUGCAAAGAGUUGAAAAAUUUUCCAAGCCGCCAUGGGAAACUCCUCACAGGGAAGGAAUUGGAGUACCGACUUAAGGAAAUGGAUGAUUUGGUGCAGCAAUACCAGAGUCUGGAUACUCUCAACAAUUGGUGCGAAGUCGAAAUUAAAGCGGGAAAAUUGUUGGUUACUAUAAAGGAUACAUCUGUGAUGAACGUGGAGAUUUACUAUGAUGACAUGGUAAAGGAUUACCCGUUCCUUGCCAUAGAUCAUCCUGAAACAAUUGCACGAAUGGGUAAUCACAAAAUUGCUGUUGGUGAUGACGAUCGGUUCCACCUUGGGUUGAUUUUGUUGAAUUCGAUUUUCCAUGGGUAUACCAUGUAUGAAUGGGUGUUUGAUGAGUUAUUACGGGAGGAAAUUCGCCUACAGAAACCAAGUGAUAGUGAUAGUGUCACCAGUAGGUUAAAGAGUUGGCGAAAAUCUUCCAAAAGAAGUCUCACUGAAGCAUCACCAAUAAACUCAGCCAAUGUUAGCGUUAACGAGAUGCCCAUCAAUCCACCACUAAGUGAGUUUCUUAAUACACCAGAGGAGAAUUUGGCAAAGGCGGUUCCCCAGUACAAUGACACCAUCAUGUGUUUGUUACAGGCAAACAAAAGGAUAUAUCAAGAGAGGCCGAAAUCAGGCGAAUCAGUUCUACGAGUCAACCACGUCAACCCAUGUUUAGCCUCUGAUGAAGAUGAGUUGAAAUAUUUCCCCGUCAUCAAUGCCAAACAUUUCCCACUGGAUAUGAAUGUGAUUUUAUUUGAGUAUUCACCAGAAUUGGGCAAUUACCGUGAUUUGAGCUACUUUAAAAUUAGUGACAUCAAUAACCUACCUGAGUUUCCUCAACAAGAACUCAUCAAUGAGUUGCGUUGUUCAAUACCACGUUGGAUUGGACAACCAAUCCUCUACAAUCGAUUCAAUAUCAAAGAGUCACCGAAGAUUACUUUCCGUUUGCUUGAAGUAGAUUAUUUCAACCUACCACCAACAGUAAAGAUUGGAGGUAAGUCACAACGCAAGAUCAAAUCCCUACCAGCUUUGGAGAGUAGUAUCAAGUUGACAUCACAUAACAUGUUGAGGGUGUCAAAGAUCCUAUAUUUUCUCACCGACAAGUUCGAAGCUAGUACAAAAGAGAUGAAGGAUAAGAAGUUGAAACCAACAGAUUGGCUAGUAUUGGAAUGCAAGGGACAAGAGCUUAGCAAUUCAAUGACGUUGCAAACGAUCAAGACAAAGAUUUGGAAAAGCAGCACUGAUAUUGAGUUACGUUUCAGGAGAAAAUUUGAUUAG